UUUUCUCUCCUAGACGACUGGUAGUUGCUCAGCACUAUGGACGAGCUUAUUUUGUGUGACAUAUUUCAGCGUUCGUUCUUCUGCGGUAGGCGCCUGAUAAAUUUCCCCUGGCGGGAAUUCGUUGGAUCUAUUAACUCUGAACCAUCCUUCGUUCUGCAGAUUUUACAGAAGACCGUUCUUCAUCCAUUGUGUCAGCAACACCCACCAUCAGUGAUGUACAGAAGACUGUUCUUGUUGGAGUUAAUAAAGAAGCACCAGUCUAUAGGAGCAGAACCUCUGGAUGAAUUGUACAAUGCACUUGCUGAUGUGUUAAAUUCACAAGAGAAUACGCUGUGCUACAAAAGUUAUUUUCUACCAUCUGGGGACAAUAUUACUCUCUCAGAAAAGAUUGCAAUCAUCUCGGAGGGAACUACGGGUCUGGUGACAUGGGAGGCUGCUCUCACAUUAGCUGAAUGGUCUAUGGAAAACAUUGACGUAUUCAAAAACCGAAUAAUUUUAGAACUUGGGAGUGGAGCUGGCCUUACCGGACUUGCAGUAUGUAAGAGCUGCUCUCCAAGGAAAUAUGUGUUCAGCGAUCAUCACCCAAAGGUUCUUAAGCAACUGACUGAAAAUAUCCUCAUAAAUGGCUUCAUGUUGGAAGAAGAACAAAAAAGUCAAGUCAAAGACAAAACCAGUGUGGUUACUCGAAAUGCUGUCCAGUUAUCAGUUAUUGAACUUGACUGGCAGUCUGUUACAAAGGAACAGCUUUUACACCUCCAAGCUGAUGUGGUCAUUGCAUCAGAUGUUGUUUAUGACCCAGAGAUAACAGUUUCAUUAGCCAAGCUCCUAAAAGAAAUGUUCAACUGCACAGUAGGUAAAAGAACCAUAGACGUGUUCAUUGCAUCUACAGUUCGAAAUCCUGAGACGUACAAGUUAUUUAAAAAAACGCUUGGCGAACUUGGUAUGAACUUUCAAGUGAUUCCUGGACCUAUGAAGAUUCUCUUUCCAUGUGAUAGAAACUACACUGCAGAAAUAUUGAAAAUAUAUUUGGAUGAUUUAAAUGUUAACAUAAAAGACUAAAGUAUCUUAACUAUUAUUUUAGUAAGUUUGCAAUACAAUGGUUGUAUUUAUACAUACCUUAUAUAAAAUUAAAACAUCAACAUUAUCUUAAA